ACUCUCUCUCGCUCUCCCUCUGAUUCCUUCAUCAAGAACUGCCCCUUUGUGUGCAAUGUUUCGCCCCAUUUACCCUCCUGUGCCCAUCUAGGCAGCCCCUUUGAUCCUUCAAGCAUCCCACGAGGUGCUCCACAUGCUUCCGGAAAGGAAUUUUGGGUGAAGUGUUGAAGGCUGUGUGUUUGUGUGAUUUCCGGGAAUCAUUUUGUAUGGAAUUUGCAGACUGUUCUGUGAAGGAAUUACCCUAAAAUCCAGGCACUUCCAAUAGGACUCUGCUGGCACGAAAAACAACAAAAAUUGCGCGGAGAAUUGAAAUUAGAUAAUGGCGGAAGAAUGUGUGAUCGUUGGCAGUAUAAAUGAAUCGAAAUUCUCAAAAGUGUCGCAAGAUGCGAAUGAUUCGGGUGAUGAGUUGAUAAUAAGUGGGGACGGUGAUGAAAUAAAUUCCCUACCAUACGACAAUACACCCCUUGUGAGCCUCAAUAAUUCCACAUCAGAUCUCAAUGGGGCCGUUACGACGGAUGAUGGGGCCCUGUCGUCGUCAUCCCCAACAUAUUCCUCAGCUAUGUCUCCCGUGGGUUGUGGUAUUGAUGCUCCACAAAGUCAGCAACAGCAGCAGCAGGAUGCAUUGUCAAUGGAGGGAAUGGAAUGUGAUGAUGGAACCACCACAAAGGAGGAAGAAGUGGAGGCAAAUCACGUGAAAGUGGAGAUGAUUUUGGAAACACCUGUUGUCGCUGCUGAUGACGAUGAUGAUGGUUGUGGACGAAAUGAUCUUGCACUUGCACCAACUCCGUCCGAAUCGACAAAGGAGAAAUACCGGCAGAAAGGUGCUGCAGCAACUUCUGCCGAGGUGAGACGAUCGAGUGUCGGGGAUUCACCACGAAAUUCAGCGGCAAUUGACAAGAGAUGCACCCAUCGAGAGUCAAAAAUUGGGGAAAAGAAGAAGGGUUACAAUGAGGAAGAGGAGGAGGUUGUGGUAGAUAAUGAUGAAGAUGCGAAUGAAGAUGAAGUAGUGGUGGCAAGGGAAGAAGAAGAAGAUGCAGCUGAAGAACAAUUGGGUGAUGGAGGAAUGUGCGUGAAGAAGAAAAAAGUGUCUUGCAGAAGGGCACGGAUGUUGUGUGAUGUGGAAGAGAGGACGAUGGCGAUGGAUGGGGAAGAGGUGGAUGCGUGCUGUAGCAGCAGCAGCAGUAAGACGGCAAAUAAUGGGCCAAAAAUGCGGCACGCUUCAGCAGCUGCUGCUUUGGCCAAUGUUGGUGUUGGUGUGGAUUCCACAGGGAUUGGGGGGUGCAACGACGAGGAGGAAAGAAGGGUUAAUGGCCAGCCCGAAGAGGUGGAUGAGGAGGAGCAAAAGCAGCUGACAUCUGCCGCCGUAGCAUCGUCGUCCACGGCGGCCUCAUCACCCACAGCCACAGUGCCCAAUUCCCCGGAAUUGCUGCUGCACCAUCGUGGGGUGUUUGAGGCGGUGGACGAAUGUGGUGACGGUGUGGAUGCCAUUUACGAUGAGAACGACGUGCAAUCGAUGGAUGCAAUCGAACGGAGGGACUUUGAGCGCGAACAGCAGCUCAUUGGUGGCGUAAUUAUCCGCAAUGAUGCCCUCACAACAACUGAUAACAAGCUCAAGCUCAAUAUUCUCAAUCAUUUUGCCACGACAACAACAACAACUGCAGAUGAUGGCAGAAGGGAAAAGCAACAGCAAUCAAGUGGAGACACCACAGCAACAACACCAACAAGCAGUCGAUGCAUGGUGCGUGUGUCGAAAGUAAAAAUUAAUCUGUCAAGUUGUCUCGUGGCAAGAGAUGAUAGGGAUGAUGGGGAUGCAGAAAGGGCAGAAGUGCUUGAGAGGAGGCAUGCAGAGGAGGAGGAGGAGGAGGAGGUGGAGGCAGAACAGUGUGUAAAUAGUCGAAGAGAUGAGAGAAAGUCAUGCCGGAGGACAAACUAUUACAACGUGGAUGAACGUGAAUCGCCGAAACAGCAGCAAUUUGAGAGUAAUUCAAACGAUAGCUUGUCAUCUGAUCGUUCCUCCAUCAUCACACCCUACAUCACACCUCACAAUCCACCAUCACAAGAUGACGAUGACGUUGAUGGUGGUUGUGGUCCGUCUGCAGCUGCUGCUGAGCGUCUCAUUGCUGGUUGCAGUAGUAGCAAAGAAGAUGGUAAAGCAACAACGGGCGGAAACUACCUUGCACGGCUGUCGGCGUGUGCAUCGUCCACCAGUCCGGGUCCAUCGACAAAAGGUUGCAGCAAUACAUCCUCCGUGACGGCUGCCACGCAAACCACAUCGUCGCAAACAUCACCAACUUGCCAAUUUGCCGGUGAUGCUGAUCUUGAGCUACCUGCAGGUGGAAGCUUCCUGAACGUUGAGGAUGAUGGGAAGGCGCAUUUUUCGAGUCUUCUUGCCGAUGCAGCGGAAGCAUCCACGUCGAGGCGUACGGCGGCGGCACGUCUGAAACCCCUCGAAGCGGCACUCCUGGAACCCGAAGUACCCAUCACAAUUCCCCCCGAGGCAGAGCAUGAUUUUGUCGAGGAAGACGCCUGGGGAGAAUGCGACGAAGGCUCUGACGUGGAGGAAGUUUGCACCUGCCGAGAGUACACAGAUGAGGAGAAUACGGGAAGUAGCGAGGAUGAGCUUUUGCCAUCACGUGAUGUUGAUCUGUCCGGAUAUACGUAUGACUAUGUGCACGAAACAAGUGGCACGGAGACCCCGCGUGUGAGUCGAAAGCGCAAAAUAAGUGAGAUGGUUUACCUCGAUGGGAGUUUCAUUGAGAGCGGUGGUGUGUCAGGAAGGAAGCGCAUCACGUUGGAGGGUAGUAAAUUGGGCAAAGGGGGGAUGCUACUCUCACCGUCGUCAGCUACUGCUGGGACGCCGGCGUGCGUGACGACGAGCCCCAGUACGAGUGGUGGUGAACGACGAACACCGCGUUCGAUAAUCCCAACCAAAGAUAACCCACCGCCAGAGCUGAAUGAUUGGUUGGUGCAAUUUCAGCGUUGGACACAGCCUGAGCGUCUCCUGGCAUUGGAUCGUCUAAUUGAUUUGUGUGAACCCACACAGGUGCGGCAUAUGAUGAAAGUCAUUGAGCCGCAAUUUCAGCGUGACUUCAUCUCUCUGCUGCCCAAGGAGCUGGCCCUGCAGGUGCUGUCGUAUCUGGAGCCGAGGGAUCUCUUACGAGCCGCCCAGACGUGUCGCAAUUGGCGCUUCCUCUGCGAUGAUAAUCUCUUAUGGAAGGAGAAAUGCAAGCGCGCCAGCAUUGUGAUCGAGGGUGCAACGGAUCGACCAAAACGCGGACGUGCUGGCAAUAUGCCACCCAUUUCGUCCCCAUGGAAAGCAGCCUACAUCCGGCAGAGUAUCAUCGAGAUGAAUUGGCGCUCGCGUCCCGUCCGGGAGCCCAAAGUCCUCAAGGGGCAUGACGAUCACGUGAUUACGUGCCUGCAAUUCUGCGGUAACCGAAUUGUCUCUGGCUCCGAUGACAAUACCCUCAAAGUCUGGUCAGCCAUCACAGGAAAGUGCCUUCGGACGCUCGUGGGACACACUGGGGGCGUCUGGUCAUCCCAAAUGUCGGCAAAUAUCAUCAUUUCCGGCAGUACGGAUAGGACGCUUAAAGUUUGGAAUGCCGACACCGGGCAGUGCAUUCACACCCUCUACGGGCAUACGUCUACAGUGCGGUGUAUGCAUUUGCAUGGGAAUAAGGUCGUGAGCGGCUCUCGGGACGCCACGCUGAGAGUGUGGGACGUGACACGCGGCAUUUGUCUCCACAUUCUUGUUGGUCACUUAGCAGCCGUGCGAUGCGUACAGUAUGAUGGGAAGCUGGUUGUUUCCGGUGCGUACGACUACAUGGUGAAGGUGUGGAAUCCCGAGAGAGCCGAAUGCCUACAUACCCUUCAGGGGCAUACAAAUCGCGUCUACUCGCUGCAGUUUGAUGGUAUUCACGUUGUUUCGGGAUCACUUGAUACGUCAAUACGCGUGUGGGACGCUGAGACGGGCAGCUGUAAGCACACCCUGAUGGGCCAUCAGAGUCUCACGUCCGGCAUGGAGCUCAGACAGAAUAUUUUGGUGUCUGGGAAUGCCGAUUCGACGGUCAAAGUGUGGGAUAUUCUCACGGGACAAUGCCUACAAACACUUUCAGGACCAAAUAAGCACCAAUCAGCUGUUACUUGCCUGCAAUUUAAUUCGCGCUUUGUUAUCACGAGCUCCGACGAUGGAACUGUGAAGCUGUGGGAUGUAAAGACUGGUGAAUUCAUUAGGAAUUUAGUGGCUCUCGAUUCGGGGGGAUCCGGUGGUGUUGUGUGGAGAAUAAGAGCCAACGACACCAAAUUAAUUUGUGCCGUGGGCUCACGCAAUGGGACAGAGGAGACGAAGCUAAUGGUACUGGAUUUCGAUGUUGAAGGUGCCUGCCUAAAAUGCUCAUAAAACAAACAAAAAAAGUUGAUUCGAGGAUGUGCUUCGGUUUAUUUUUUAAUUCCCGGCAAAUCCUCACGUGGUGAGAUUGAAUGAAAAGAAUUAAGAAAAACUUUACAAAAAAAAAUCUUUUAACUAAGAAAUAUUUAGAAAUUCACGUGAAUAUUCAAAGAAAGAAAAAAAUGAAAAGAAUGAAAAUUAUAAAAAAAAAAAGAAAAACAAAUUCUAGAAUAAUUCUGAUGAGAAUGAAGAGAGUCUAAAGGUUUUUUUCGUUUCUUUUCAAUAUUUUUCUCAAUGCUGACAAAGUAAAUAAAACAAACAGAAACAAUUAAAAAACAAACAAAUAAAAUAUAUAGUGAAAAGCUUUCAAGAGUUAAAACAUAAAUAAACAAAAAGUGCGCAGAAUGGUGUUAAAAAGAAGGUUAGUUAUUGAUAAUAAAAAAAAUUAAUAAUAAAUUUAAAAAAUAAACGAAAAUAGUCAAAGAAAGCCAACACACCGUUUUAAGGAGUAUGAAAAAAUAAAAACAGUUUUAAGAUGAAAAUUUUAGGGAUAAAUUCCUUUUAAAUUAGUUCUUUUUUUUUCUAUAUAAAACUGCUUAUAGGAUGACGUAUGCCUGUUGAAUGUGUGUUUGUGUGUGAAAUGGUGAAUAUGUUAAAAGAAUAAUUAAAAUAUUAAUCGCGCAAUUAACACACAUUUUAUACAUUAAAAAAAAGAAAACAAAUAUUAAUUUAUUUCCUCCUUAUUCAUCUUUUCAUUUGAGAAGUACUAAAACAAAGUGAGAAAUUUUACGCAUAAAAACGUUAUUUUUGCGAAUUUUUAUUGUUUAUUUUUAACUGAAAAUUUGAACAUUGUCGCGAUAUUUCUCACAAAGCCAUAAUUAUAUUUUCUUCUCAAAAGGAUGCAAAACAUUUAUGUAUUAACAAACUUUACAAAACAAAUAAAAAUAAAAGAGAAAAACAGCUUAAACUUUUUAA